AUGACCAGUACCAGUAGAGUCCCCUUCUCCUCCGUCGACUACGAUUUCCUCACCGUCUCCGAUCACCGCCACGACCACGAUUUCAUGGAAAUUGACACCCUCGAAUCCGACACCGAAUUCGCCUUCAACCUCCAACUCCAAGAAGCCCUAGCCGCCUCCCUCGCCCCUCAACCCUCCUCCUCCGCCGCCGCUUCCGUCCUCGUAGGAAUGGAGCAGGCGCUCAAGGACAGCGUGCAGAGCGAGAUUGAAUUGCGGCGGGCGAGAGAGGACCUCGCCCGCGCGAUUCACGACGCCAAGGUCGCGAGGGAGAUCGUCGAAAUUCCCGACGACGAGUGGGAACAGUCCGGCGCCGACUUCGCCAAGCCGUUUGAUGUAGGCUCUUCGUCGGCGGCGGCGGCGGAGAGUGAGGAGAGCGAUUUCAGGCUGUAUUUCAAGGGAUUGGUGAGCGAGGAACAGGUUGGGGAUCAGAAAUUGGUGCUGGCCGGAAUCGGAGUAGCGAUAUGUGAUUCCAGGGGUAAUCUGGUUUUCGAGGUUAAGAAACCGUUGAUUGGGAAUGGGCUUAGUAGAAAUUCGGCCCAAUUGAAAGCCUUGAUCGAAGGACUUACUGUUGCUCUGUGUUUGGGAAUGAAGCGAAUUACAUUCUUCUGUGAUAACAAUCCAAUUUUUCAGUUUAUUAAUGGGAAAUGGUCAGCAAAGCAGCAAAAGGUAUUAGAUCUUGUUAAUCAGGUUAAGAGUCUUCGAAGUAAGUUUACGCAAUGCAACUCCAGGCUUGUGCCUCGGUUGGAAAUUAAGUUUGCAUCUAAACUUGCAAGAGAGGCCAUAGAGUCUCACUCUCAGAUGAAGCCUGCGGAAUCCAGCAAUAGUAAGAAUGUGAAAGAGACUUGUGUGAUCUGCAUGGAAGAUAGUGAUGUUAGUCAGAUUUUUUCGGUUGAUGGCUGCCUUCAUCGGUAUUGCUUUUCUUGUAUGAAACAGCAUGUGGAAGUGAAAUUGUUUGAUGGGAUCCUUCCUAAAUGUCCUCAUGAAGCUUGUAAGUCUGACCUUAGUGUUGACAGUUGUGUGAAAUUCUUGACACCUAAACAUGUUGACACUAUGCGCCAGGCAAUAAAGGAAGCUUCAAUUCCAGCAACUGAUAGAGUUUAUUGCCCAUAUCCAAGGUGCUCUCUCUUAAUGUCGAAAAGUGAGGUUUUACAAUAUGCUAAGGAAACCUUGACGGGGGCUGUGGAACGAUCAGGACUAAGGAGAUGCAUGAAAUGUCAAUACCGUUUUUGCAUCAACUGUAAAGUCCCUUGGCACAAAAGCAUCACAUGUGCUGACUACAAAAGGUCGAAUCCUAAUCCUCCAGAAGAGGACACAAAGCUAAAUUCCCUUGCUUCAAGUAAGCUUUGGCGCCAGUGUGUGAAGUGCAGCCAUAUGAUUGAACUUAUUGAAGGUUGCUACCACAUGACUUGCAGGUGUAAUUAUGAGUUCUGCUAUAAUUGUGGAGCUGAAUGGAAACACAAGAAGGCAACAUGUAAAUGCCCUCUUUGGCAUGAAGGUAAUAUUGUGCAUGAUGAGGAUGGUGAAUCUGAUGAAGAGGAGUCGGAUCCUGAUUCUGAUUCUGAUUAGGAAAUCAUUGAUAUGUGACAUACCCUCUCCAAAGAAUUCUCCCCUAAAAUUUUCUAAAAUUUUCACUGACUGGAAAAUUAUGUAUAUUGUUUUACUUUUAUAACUUUGGCCAGGUAUUAUAAGGAUCUCUUUUUGUGUAGUUUGGACUUCAAUUACUUGCUUUGAGGUUUCUGCAUCUCUUAAUAAUGAUAAGCACAGAUCAUGGCAGUAUGCACAU